UCACUGCACUGUGCAGUUCAGUCGAGUUGAGUUCCCAAAACCGGAUAUGAUGUCUGCUUUCCGUCCGUUUCUGAGAAAAACGAUUACGCUGGAUGUAUUCAAGAAUUAAAACGUUCUAUGGCGUUAAUUUAAUUUAAUAAGUGGUCUGUCCGGAAUUUGUGUAAAAUGUUGCGCCAUAAUAUAAUAUCUUAAAAUAGUAAUUAGAUUAUAAAUUCCGACUACAAGACUAGACAAUAAUUUGUUCAGAAAUUAUUUUAAUUCUAGUAUUGUUCAUCCUCCACGUGGCGGCGACAUUCCGCUUUUGAGGAGGUGACCCGUACGUGCCUCCGAAGAAGAUAUCGCUGUCAUCAUUAGCAACAAACAUGGCGGUGUGCUCACGGUUGCCCUUGCAGUCAUUAAUUCAUAAACAUGCACAUGUGUGUAGAACCGUCCGGAUUGUUCACACAAACGCGGCAACUGAGGAGCCAGUUUACCCUCCUGUUUUACCUUCACUGACCGCUAAAAGUAGGUCUUCUAAAGGACGGCGGAUUGCAGAACAUCUUGAAAAAAUACGUGCCGCGGACGUGCAUGAAAAACUUGAUUUGCUCACACGAGUUCAGCGAAAGAAAUAUGUGUUGUAUCCGCAGACGUUUGCUCUGAAUGCUGAUAAAUGGUAUCAGCAUUUCACAAAGACCGCGUACGUACCUGGCUUACCUGAGAAGUUCAUCGUUGACGAGGACAAGGAGAAAUCAGUGCCCGCUACCAAUAAUGCACAUUUCUCAAUUGACGAGAAGACGUUUGGUGACAUCCGCUCGUACGUCUGCCAUUCAAUUUUACAAGAAAACUGGUACAUGAAGAAACGUCGACCGUUCCUUCAAAGGGAACAAGAACACUUCGUGUCACCGUUUCUGAGAAAUCUGAUAUCUGGACUAACACAUACUCUGGCCAAACACAAUCCUGUGCUGCAACUUUCAAGUUUAGAUUUUGACCCUCAGGUAAACUUCUACUGGAUGAGAGGACAGAGGACCAUUCCCAGGGGACAUCGGUCUGGCCGAGUGGAGCCAAUUAGAUUCCAGAUCGAUGAUAAACCACACAGUCAGAUAAGGAUACAUGAACAACUUACACAGUUUGUCCCCCUUGAAGAAGUGAUAUCUGCUGAAGUCCCAGAGAUAAAAUUGGCUCCAGACUUGCUUCCCAUGUUCAGGAGACAGUAUGAGAACAACAUCUUCACAGGAGUCAAGCUUCCUGACCCGCUUUGCCAUGGUCACACCCAGUUUCACAUGGUCCCGGACAGAUACCGCAGGGACAAAAUGGCAAAGCGCAACCUGACUGACCAGGUUGAGGUCUACCUGAGAGCCAAUGGCAUUGCCAGUCUGUUUGCGUGGACGGGAGCACAGGCCAUGUACCAAGGUUUCUGGAGCCGCAUGGAUGUGACCAGACCUUUUGUGUCCCAGGCUGUGAUCACCGAUGGACAGUACUUCUCCUUCUUCUGUUACCAGCUCAACACGCUGGCCCUGUCCGUAGAGACCGACGCUGGGAACCCCAGGAAGAAUGUGUGCUGGGGGACAGACAGUUUUCGUCUGUUUGAGGAGGUGAAGGAUGGGGCUGUGGUGGGACUGGAUGACAGGGUCCUCAAUCUCCUGGUCCAGUUCCUACUGAACAAGUAAUGUGGAGAGUUUCGCGUUUGUGGGAGGAAGGAAUUAGGAAAUUAUGAUAAAGUAAUAAACGUUUCUGGGUCAGGAAAAA